GUCUGUCUGUCUGUCUGUCUGUCUGUCUGCCUGUCUGCCUGCCUGCAUUGCUAGAAUACCAUUCUGCCCCCGAAAUACGCGCCCAUACCUGCCCAACACACUCAGCUUGUGUACGCGCCGAUGAUUUGAAAUGUCCGGUGCCGAAGCCAUUACCGCCAUCCAGCUGAUCGACGCCUGCAUCGGCAUCGCUAAUACGAUCAUCGACAUUGGGCGUGCCGUUCACGAUGCUCAAGGAUUACCGCCAAAGCUUCGAGACCUGCUCGAAAAGCUGCCAGCAAUCCAAGAACUGUUGGAAAGUGCGCAGGAGAGCUGCGAGGAAGGGAGGAUCACAGAGGAUGCUAGCAAGAACGCACAGCCGAUUUUGAAACAGUGCGAGAAGGCUUUAGCUGAACUAAGAGACAUAUUCAGGAAAGCGUGCCCAAAAGACAAGGAGAAUCGUACCAAGCGCACCUGGAGAGGCACAAAGACUGUCUUCUUCGGCCGAAACAGCCAGGCACAGGGGCUUCUGGUGAUCAUUCAAGACAACUUGAAACUGUUAGAGCAGAAGGAGAUCUAUGUUAUUGGCGACAAGCUGGACGCACUGGAGCAAGUUACGAAAGCACUAGCGGAUGAGGACGGCAAGUAUACACAUACUGGAGCGGGUAACAUUAUUGCCAAUGAAGGCGGCAGUUCUACGAAUUAUGUAGUUGGUGGAAGCAACAAUCGGCAGGUCAACAAUCCUAGAGUGUACAAUGAGGGCCCUUCUAGUACGUAAUUAUCGUCCUCGUGUGGUCACACCGAUUUCUCAAUCGAGGCAAUUCCUUUUUCC